AUGGAUGGAAUCACAGAAAAUGCAAUAGACUUAGCAAAUAUGGUAUCGGACCCCCAUAACAAUGUUGCUAUUAAAAACAUCACUAAUAUUCUAAACAACGAUUAUACUUCAUCUUUCAUAAUAAUGAUCUUAUAUGCUAUGAUGUUUGCACAUAUGUUCAUGACUGCCCGCAGCAUAUACACCGAAUACAAUAAGGAAAGACAAAACAAAUCUAUUGGUAAUUAUGAUGAGAACAGUGAUCAAGAUAGUGAUGACGAUCAACCAUAUGAUUAUGAAUUAGGGAAAUACAAUGAUGAAAAAUCAAUACGAUGGAAAAAAGGACAAUGGAGAAGAUGGAUUUAUACUUUGGAACAAGAUUGGAAUGCUUUUAAUAUAGAAAUGAAUAAUGAAGAAUAUGAGUGGAUUAAAAAAAAAGAAAAUGAUUGGAAUUUAUUCUUAAUAGAAUUAGAAAAUAAAUGGAAUCAUUAUAAUAAGAAUCUCGAUGAUGAAUUUGAAACUAAUGUUAUAAGCAAAUAUUCUAGUUGGGAUUCUAAAAAGUGGAUCGAUUGGAUGAAAUCUGAUGGAAUUCGUUUUAUUUAUAUGGAAUGGAAAAAUUGGGUUCUAGAAAGCCACAACGAAUUUUCUGAUAAUUUUGUAAAUAAAUGGAUGAAAUGGAAAAAAAAUAAAAUCUUAUCAUGGUCCAAGCUUGAUUGGAAACGUCAAGAAUCACAAAAAUGGGAUAAGUUUGAACAAAAACGUUUCAAAAGUCUUCAUUACUUAGAUAAUAAAAGAUAUAAUGAAUUUAUAAACAGAAAAAAAGACGAACAAAACCAAUGGAAUGAAUGGGUUAAAACAAAGGACAAUGAGUUUGUUGAAAAUAUAUUAAAUAAAUAUUUAAUGUGGAAAGAUGGUAAACAUAUCUUAUAUAAAGAAUGGGUAGAAACUUUUAUCACCAAAUGGAUAAAUCAAAAACAAUGGAAUGUUUGGAUUGCAGAGCAACAGGCACUUUCAUUGGAAAACGAAUCUGAACAAACCACAGAACAACAGGAAAAAAUACACCUUAUUUCUCCACUACUCGAAAAUUGA